AUGAGUGAGAGCUUUGCCCCGUAUUCAAAAUAUCCGAACCCGGAAAACGAAUUCAAUUAUGACUGGGCCGUGCCUGAAUACCCGCAACCUUCCCCAUUCGAGUUCAAUACCGAAACCCCUGCUCGUGCUAUCCGUGAUAUUCGUGAUUAUCCUUCAUUCAACACAAGCGACCGCGUGAAUGCUAAGGUGGCUAUCCCCCGGAACGCACAACCCAGUAGUUUGGCUAGCAGUGGUCGAGUCAGUCGAGCCUGUGAAAAUUGCCGUGAACAAAAGGCCAAAUGUAGUGGCCAUCGCCCAGCCUGUCAUCGGUGCCUGGAUGCCAGUGUCCCGUGUUUAUAUGGCGACCGGAAAAGAGAGAAGAUGGUGAAGCAGCUGAAUGAUCUAACUACACGCGUUGAAACCUUCGAUGCUUUGAUCCGCGAUCUUUAUCCCAAGCUCGAUGCCUCUUCGGCCCAACGGGUCGAUCAAACACUGAGGGAGCUAAACGCACGCACUCCACUCAGCCAAGUGAUUUCCCGUACCCCUGUUUCUGCCUUAUUCACCAACCCAUCAGGCCAUAUCAAUCAAUCAGUGAUUUCUUCCCGUGCAGAUGCUAGUCCUAUAUCUAUUCCCUCCGGGGUUGUAGACUAUACCGAAGAGGAUUUCAACCGUGAUGAGAAAGUACAGGCGACGGGAUUUGUGGGCGAACAUUCGGAGAUGGCAUGGUUGUACAGACUCAAACGCGAUCUUGAUCACAAUUCGAAACAAAUCAAAGAGACACCCGGACGCCCUUCGAUCUCUUCCGUGAACUACUUCCAAGAUGACUCGGAAAUUUUGGUUCUCGACGAUAUCGACCUCGCAUGCCGGCCUCCACAACAAAUCGCUAACAGGCUCGUUGACACCUACUUUCACGUCGUUCAUCCUACUUUCCCGAUUAUUGGAAAGGCAAUCUUUCUGAAUCAGUAUCGAUCCUUCUAUGCGAAUCCGGACGUGCGACCUGGAAAACGAUGGAUUAUAGUGCUAAACCUGGUGUUUUCCAUUGCGGCCAGACACUCCUUCCUUGUCGAUCAGCCUCAACCCAACUGCGACGACCAUCAGACUUAUUUUGCACGGGCGUGGAGGCUGAAUGGAGGUAGCUUGUUGCGAGAUCAUCCCGACUUGCAACAGGCACAGGUGGAGGGUUUGGCUGCCUUUUACCUCCUAUCGGUUGGGCAAGUUAACAGGUCAUGGAGACUCAUUGGAAUUGCAAUUCGAUCGGCCGUGGCCAUGGGUCUCAACAUUCGAAGCGAGAGCGAGAGUAUGACACCCUUUUCAAAAGAACUUCGAUAUCGGGUUUGGUGGGCACUGUUUAUGUUGGAUAUUACGCUAUGCAAGAUGACAGGCCGUCCACCUGGCACGGGGGACACAUUUUGCUCCACGCCCCUCCCUCUCCCCUUUGCAGAGGAAGAAUUUUGGGAUAGGCGUGUUAUGCAACUUAUUACCGACCAAAGGACUCGAAGGGCGUUUUUGACCUCUUUAAUUUUCGAUACCAUGGCUGCUUCACCAAAAGAGAGUAUGGCUCCAAGGCCCCCGGAACAACAAGAGCCUGGCAAGGGGAAACAAGAAGAAAGGCCCAGUCAAACGGGGGCAGAGAAUCUGACACCCAACUCCUCUCUGUACUUUCUGUACGCAGUGGACCUAGCCCAUCUCUUACGGGAGGCUAUUAAUAUCCUCUAUGCUCCUAGAGAAAUGCGACAGUCAUGGCAUGAGAUCGAAGCCGCCGUAUCCACACUAAACAACCAUGCUGACAACUGGUUGUCUCGUCUCCCGGCGGAGUUUGAUUUCACAACGCUAGACACAACUCAUCAAUUCCUACAGCACCGUGCUAGUCUUGCUUUCCAAUUCUACGCCACCAAGCUGAUAAUCUUGCAGCCCUGUAUCCGCCGUCCGUCUCAACAGUCAUCUGAAGCAAGCUCCCCGGGAACGGUGUGUGAUCAGAUGGCAGCCUUGUGCGUUUAUACGGCAGGUCAAAUGCUCGAACUGUUGCCCGAGGAGCCAGACUCGACCUGGCUAUAUGGCGUCGCUCCAUGGUGGUGCAUCCUGCACAACAUCAUGCAGUCGACUACCAUCCUCCUCACCGAGCUGUUCACUCACACUCAUAUAGGCUCCACCAAGGCUGUUGAUAUUACCAAGAAGAUCAACAAAGCGACUCGCUGGUUGAAAGAGAUGUCGGCCAAAGACCUUUCUGCCCAGCGAGCCUGGCUUGUCUGCAUCGACCUUCUUUCACAACAUGGCUCGAGGUUUGGGUUUGGUGUUGACACCGAAUUCUAG